AUGUUCCGAAGCUUAUUGGUGGUUGCUGAGGGCCAUCACGGGCAUAUUGCGCGUAGGCUGUCCCAUGCUGUCGACCUGUUGAAUCGUCCCUCAGCAAUCAGCUCCCUUCGCAAACAUCUUUCGGUAACAAUAUCUUCUCGGCUCGGCUCGUUCUCCAUCCUCGCCAUCCCCGUUCUUGCCUCCACUACUCCGACUGUUGCCGGCGCCGGCUCCCCAGGUGAAGCACCCACGCUCACGACGCCUGCUGCAAUAGCCUCGAGACCGCAUCCGAUAAGCUUGCCCGAAACGGAUGGCAUCGUGCCCCAGAAUCUCAACAUCGUCAUCGGUCUCGGCUGCAGCCCCAUCACCGCCGCUGGGGUUGGUUCCGGUUCUGAGUGCAAUAACGAAACCGAGUCCUGCUCUGAUGGUGUCUUUGGCAGCGUCGGCAUCAGCUGCGCCCCUAUCACUGCCUAA